AUGGGAGGUGCGAUAUACACAGAGGAGCAGUUGCUCGGGCUGAGGGCGUCUCCGCUUGUCAAGAAGCCCGACGGCUUGCCUUCCAUCUCACAAUGGAUGGACGUGCCCGCGGAUCAGAGCACCACCAACAACAGCAACCAUGCCAGCAACAAUGGCACUGCUCGCCGGGCGCGUGGGAUGCGCGAGGGCGAGGGACCCGCAGGCAACGAGCGCCCGCCGCUGAUCAACCCUAUGGGCCAGUUCGGUCGCCGUCAGAGCAUGCGUAAGUCAGAAGCUCAUGGCAUGGUGGCCGCAAUUAACGCUCUAUUUGUAGAACCCGGAGAAGAGACGACACUCGGCCCGCCAAAGCUGUCGUUCAUCUCGGCCUCGCGAAACGCACCAAAGGCGCAAGGCGAGACCAAGGAGCGCACAGGCAUCGUGUCAGUAGACGGGGACAACUUGGGCGAUCGCUUCCCGCGCGAGAAGAACGACCGAUGGACACGAGACCGCGACCCUGAUCGAGCGCGCGACAAGACCUACACGAACGGGCGCCGUGGCGUACGAGAAGAUGGCGAGGGUUGGACAAACGUCAAGGGCCGUAAGAGCGUUGGCCAAGAAGACUUUGAGCGCUUUACUGGCCGCAACGGUGACCGCAAUCGCGACAAGCAGGAAGGCGAUCCUGAGACCGACACUACUCCUCGUCGAGGCAACCGCGACCGAGCCGAACCGCGAUGGGGCCGUCGUGAGGACACCAAGGACGAGGGUACCAAGCCUGGCCUGCAGGGCGGGUGGCGCGAGCGUGAUCGAGACCGGGAGCGCGACAGGGAGCGAGACUGGACCCGCGGCAACAACAGGGCCGAGGAAGAUCCAGAGUGGAUGGACACCAAAGUAGAGAAGAAGGAGUUCAAGCCGCGCACCCAGGAGGACUUUCAGCGCUGGAAGGAAUCGAUGAAGGCCAACAAAACAACCGGAGAAGACAAGGACGAGCCCCUAGCCAUGCCCACCGAGGUGUCGACGGCGAUAUCUGCUACUGUGCCCCCAAUGCUGACGCAGCCCUUGCACACUCCAUCGGGAGCAGAGCCGACCCAAGGCAUUUUGUUCGGCAACUGGGGCAGAGACAAGGCUGUCGACAUCAACGCUGCGGAAAUGACUUCUGCGAAACCCAAGCCGGACAAGAAAUCAAGAUUCAUGACCAUGUUUGCUAAGCCUGAAGAACCAGCAGCACCCGCCCAGCCCAUGGCGCCCUCGGCCAUGUCACCACCACCUGUUAUGGAGGGCAAUGCGGACAAGGAAGGCUUCCAGCGCAUACUGCAGAUGCUGGGCCAAGUCAACGUCAGUGGUGCGCCAGUCAAUCCAGGUAGUCCGCCACCUCCCAGCAACGGCGGUAUGAGGCAUGGUGGCGGCAUCUCUCUGGAGUUCCACCAACAAACUCCACCGCCAGAGCCACAGAGUAGUCGGCCACCGCGGACCAUGGAGCAACAGAACAUUCUCGAGAACAUUUUGGCCCAGCGACCCGAUUCUCGGCCAUCGCAGCAAGCCAGGUUCAGUAACAUGUCGCCAGAAAAUGCGCCACACGAACAGUUCAGGCAUCCACGAGCUGAGCCCUCCAUUUCUGAGGAGCACUUCCACCAGCAACCUCUAUCGAGAAACGCUACUAUUCCUGAUCAAAACCUAGCCGCACUACUAAGUAGCCGCGCUCGUGACGAGUCGCAUCGUGAUCAGGCUGUAAAGCAACGUGAGCGCGACUUCCUCCUUAAUCUGAUGCAAGGUCCUGCUCGCGCCACGCCACCUCAGCAGAUGUCUAAUCACAAUCUGCCUCGUCAGACUCCAGACAACCACCUGGCUGCCUUCUUUGACCAGCCUCGACAGCAACCCCAAGCGCCGCCAAAGGGACGCCCUGGGCUACCUCCCGGCUUCAUGGACGACCCCCGUAUGUUCAACGAAAAUGAGAUGGCUCGUCUCAAUGCCGAGCGACGCGAGCAAGAGCUUCGUCAGCAGAUCAACAUGCAGCAGCAGCAGGAAGCCAUGCGCGCAAAGAAUGGGCGUGUGCCUAUGGGCUUUCCCGGACAUGAAGAUCAAAUCCUAGGUCUGCAGCGUCGCAACACUGGAGGUGAUUCGCGACAGAUGACAAACAUGGGAAUUCCGUCCCAGCCGGUGCCAGAUAUGCAGUUCAUGGGCGGACGCGGCCAACCAGGCAUGCCAUCAGCACCACAAGAACGGCCAAACAUUGCGCCCCCGCCAGGCUUUGGAGGUGGACCUAUGCGCCAGCCGCCCGGCUUGAAUGGCCCCAACCCUCAGCAGCAGAUGGGUCUCGGAGGUCCUAACUUUUCAGCUGGUAACACACCUCUAGGCCACCCACCUGGCUUCGCCCCGCCUGGCAACAUGCGUGGCAUGGGUUUUCCUGGUGGACCCGGUGGUCCUGGUGGACCCGGAGGUCCUGGUGGUAACGGCAUGCAAGGUCCUCCACAGGGCUAUUUCCCACCUCCGGGCUACGGACCGCCAAUGCCUGGCAUGCGCGGCGAGGACCCUCGCAUGAUGUUCGACGGACACCAGGCAUUCGGCGGACCCGGUCCACGUCAACAGCAAGGUCGCCCGGGACCUCCUGGUAUGUACUAG